AUGUUUAUAGCUAUCAUCGGUACUCCUUCCUCAGGUAAACGGACUGUACUUGAGUAUCUUGAGAGAAAAUAUGGAUUUAAGAGGGUCAGACUCGAUAGGAAAGAUGGAACUGAGAUUGAUAGUGCGAAAAUAACUGGAAGCGAGCUUGGUCAACCUAUGAAUAAACUUACAGUGUCCUCAACUACAACUCCUUUACCUUCAACACCGCUUGCGUCCCCUUCGUCUUCAUCAGAUCUCACAUUCUCAUCGCCUUCAACUUUACUUGACUUUAUAACGAGGAACUGGCUAUCCCAUCACGUUACUACGGAUUUAAGGACAUACGAAGAAAUUGAUCCAUUCGUCAAAAGACCUUUCUUUUUGUGUGUCAGUCUCGAUGGACCCAUAUUGACACGUUACGAGCGAGAGCAAUCAAGGUCGGAAAUUCCUUUGUCCCUAGAACAAUUCAUAGAGACUCAUGAUCAGCUAUUGAAUGGUCCACUACCUUCCUUACCCUCUUCUUCAUCAUCUUCAUCAUCGAAAUUAUCUUAUCACCCUCAAACAGACUUUAAGAGAUCACUCUCGUUGGCCGAGAUCUCGAUAUGUAACAAUUUCCCUACGGUUGAAGCUUUAGAAGGUUAUUUGGAUAAAUUGGAUUUGAUUAAUGAAGAAAGAUUAAGACCGGGUUGGGAUACUUAUUUCAUGACACUGGCAUCACUAGCAUCACACAGAUCGAAUUGUAUGAAGAGACGAGUAGGAGCACUACUAGUCCGUUCAAAAAGGAUUUUAUCAACUGGAUACAAUGGGACUCCAAGAGGAACCAAAAAUUGUAAUUUGGGUGGUUGUAGAAGAUGUAACGGUUCAGCAAGAGGUGGUGAAGCUUUGGACGAAUGCCUCUGUUUACACGCGGAAGAAAACGCCUUGUUGGAAGCUGGAAGAGAGAGGAUAGGUGAUGAUUCUGUUAUUUACUGUAAUACAUGUCCAUGUCUUCGAUGUUCCGUCAAAAUCGUUCAAUGCGGUGUUCGUGAAGUGGUUUACAAUCAAAGUUAUUCAAUGGAUGAAGCUUCUGCAGCUGUUUUGAAAGAAGGUGGUGUCAUCUUGAGACAACUGCACAUGCCAGAAAAGAUAUAG